UAUGAAAUAGUCAGUAGACUUUUUCGAAGUCAGAAAACUGUGAGCUGUCAUUAGUUUAUCGAAUGUGAAUGAUUCUGAUAUAUUAUUUAACGAAAAAAUUACCAAGUGUAAAGUUAUAAGCAAGUUGUAUAAUGGCUAAUGAAAAUUAUGAUAAAGGUACGGUAAUUAAUCAGGUGAGGCAGCAAAUCGCUUUGGCGAAUGCCCAGGAGAUGCUUUCCAAGAUGACAGAAAAAUGUUUCAGAAAGUGUAUCUCAAGACCCGGCAAGGCUUUAGAUGGCUCUGAACAGCGGUGCAUUACGCAGUGUAUGGACCGUUUUCUGGACACUUGGAACCUCGUCUCGCGCACCUACGGUAAUCGCCUGGAGCGUGAGCAGAACUCACUGCAGAGUGAGAAAGUUCUGAACUGAACUCUAAUUAAAAAUUAAUUUGAAUGUAAUAAAGGACACAUGCGAUUCGUGUGUAUUGCUAAAUGUU